UAAGAUUCUUUGUCAGAUUAAUUUAAUUUAAUAAAAUUUAUAUUUCUGACAUGUUCUGUUACGUUUGAUACAGAAGAAUAAUCGGAAGAGAAUGCUUCUCGACAUCUCCGACCACGACGCUGGCACUAUAUAAUAAGUAAUAACAUUCGUAUAAAUCAAAUAUUGAACUUUUGUAACAAAAAAACAAAUUCAGUAAUUUAAUUUUUUUUUUUACCAAAAUAUUAAGGUAGAGAGAGGAAGAAGAGCGAAGUUUGCUCCCACCCAUUAUCUCUCUCUCAGAAAAUUAAAAAAACAGAUUCAAUUGUUGCACGUUCUUUCCUCAAUUUGAUUUUGAUUUACAACCAAAAAAGACCUUUAAGUUUCUUUUGUGGGUCUAUCAAAAAACCGAAACUUUUCUCUUUCUUUCUCGAGAAAAAUUACCUUUUUUUCGUUUCUUAUUACGAAGAGAAAGAGAGAGAUUGUUAAAAACGGUUCAAACACAUAGAGAAUUUGAAUGAGAAGGAUCCGAUCAACAAAAACUAAAACUUUACGACGAUGCUGCAGAGAGCUGCGAGUAAUGCGUAUUCAUGGUGGUGGGCGAGUCAUAUCCGAACCAAACAAUCUAAAUGGCUCGAACAAAACCUUCAAGAUAUUGAAGAGAAGGUUCAAUAUGUGUUGAAGCUGUUACAAGAAGAUGGAGAUUCGUUUGCGAAACGUGCAGAGAUGUAUUACAAGAAGAGACCAGAGCUCAUUAGCUUUGUUGAAGAAUCUUAUAGAGCUUAUAGAGCUUUAGCUGAACGUUAUGAUCAUAUUUCUACAGAGCUUCAAAAUGCUAACACCACGAUUGCCUCUGUUUUUCCUGACCAAGUCCCAAACUUUGCCAUGGAUGAUGAUGAUGAUGUGUCUAGAUUCGCCAAAAGAUCGAAUAUUUCUGGUGCUAAUGUCCCUAAUGUUCCGAAAUUGCCUGUUAAGGAUUUGAAGAGCGCGGUUAAAGUGGCUACGAAGAAGCUUCAGCCGAGGAAAUCUAUGAAGUACACGGGUGGUUCUACGAAUGUGGUUGUUAAGAGCUCGGGUUUGAGUAAGCCUGAGGCCAUGGGGGAGAUUGAUAAGUUGCAGAAAGAGAUUUUGGCCUUGCAGACGGAGAAGGAGUUUGUGAAGAGCUCUUACGAGAUUGGUUUGUCUAAGUAUUGGGAGUUUGAAAAGGGUAUUAAGGAGAAACAAGAGAGGAUCUGUGGUUUGCAGGAUGAGUUUGGUGAGAGUGUUGCGAUUGAAGACGAUGAAGCUCGGAGAUUGAUGACCGAGACUGCGAUAAAGUCUUGUCAGGAGAAGCUAGUGGAGUUGCAGGAGAAGCAAGAGAAGUCUUAUGAAGAAGCUAGAGAAGAGCAUGUGAAGAUUAAGGAGUCUAAAGAGAAACUAAGAUCUAUGGCAAGCCAGUUUUUAGGAGACGAAAGUGUCUUUGCAAAAGACGAUGGUGAUGAAGUUAGAAGAACAGAAGAGUUGGAGCAUGAGAUCAAAGAGAUGUCUAGAAAGAAGAAAGAGUUGGAAUCUGUAAAGGAGAAGAUUAGAGAACAUUUUGAGUCUGGUGCGAAUUCAUCGCUCAACGCUACAGAUAUGGCUGAGAAAGUCGAUGAGCUUGUGAAUAAAGUGAUUAGCUUGGAGAGCGCGGUUUCCUCGCAGACUGCUUUGAUACAGAGACUAAGAAACGAGACCAACGGUCUUCAGACACAGAUCAGUACUCUUGAGACAGAUAAGGCUUUGUUAGCAGACGACAAGAGUGAUCUGAGGAAUAAGCUGAGGGAAAUGGAAGAGAAACUCAAGGCAUUGCAGGAUUUGGACAGAAAUGUUUUGGACAAGAGUAGCAACCUGCAGACACAUUUUGAUGACGCUUGUCAUAACCUCGAUAACCUCUCUGGUGGGAACCUGCAUGAGGUGAAGCCAGAGAGCGAGUCUGGUAACUUGGCAAUGAAUCUGGAAUCGCAGAAAGAUCUGGAAGGUGAGAAGAGGACUUUAGACAUCAGUGAAGAGACAAAGGAACAUCAAAAGGAAAUGGGUGAGGAGAAGAAAGAAGCACCUGAGAAGAGUGUAAAAUUCGAGCAGACCCACAAUGCGACAAUAGAAGCAGAAGAUAUUAUCAUCCCAAGUACAAAUCCAGAAACUGUUUCGGAAUCUACUGAAAAAGUAGAUUCUGAUUUAGAGAAGCAAGGUGCAUCUGAUAAUACAGAUUCUGUUCUUGAUAAUGUUUUGGAGAAGCAAGGUGCGUCUGAUACGACAGAUUCUGUGCCGAAUAAUGUUGUAGAGAAGGAGAUAUCUUCUAAAGAAUCUGAUAUCACUUUCAAUAGUGAAGAACAAGAGGAUCGAAAGGAGAAAGAAAGUGAACCAGAUUGGAAAGAGAUGUUCAUGAAGGGAAUGGAAAACAGGGAAAAGCAUUUGCUUACAGAGUACACGGCUAUUCUCAGAAACUACAAGGAUAUGAAGAAAACUUUGGAUGAAACCAAGACAAAGAUGAAGACAGAAAAUGCGACAAAAGAUGAUGAGAUCAAGCUACUAAGAGAGAAAAUGAGCCUCCUGCAGAAGGGUCUAGGAGACAGUAAUGACUUGAUGGAAAACCAAUUGUCAAACGACGACUAUUCGAUCGGUUUCAUGGCUGCAGAAAACCAGAACAUGUCCCUGGUUGAGGAACAGUUCAGGUUGAAUAUUGAUGAGCUUCUAGAAGAGAAUUUGGAUUUCUGGUUAAGGUUCAGCACAGCAUUUGGACAGAUACAGAGCUACGAUACUUCAAUCGAAGAUUUACAAGCCGAGAUAUCAAAGCUUGAGCAAAGAAGAAAGCAAGAUGGAAGCAGCACAGCCAAAUAUGCCCUGAGAUCAGAUGUUCGACCACUGUAUGUACACUUAAGGGAAAUAAACACAGACCUGGGGCUCUGGCUGGAGAAAGGUGCUUCCUUGAAAGAGGAACUGAAAUCCAGAUUUGAGUCGCUGUGUAACAUACAGGAUGAGAUAACAAAAGCCCUGAAGUCAAGUGCUGAAGACGAUGAUUUCAGAUUCACGAGCUAUCAAGCUGCUAAAUUUCAAGGUGAGGUGUUGAACAUGAAGCAGGAGAACAACAAAGUGGCAGACGAGUUACAGGCCGGGUUAGAUCACAUUACCACGCUUCAACUCGAGGUUGACAAGACUCUAGGAAAGCUGAUAGAGGAGUUUGCUCUUUCGGGUUCAAAGAACAAAUCUGAUCUUGAUCUCCAGCAUUCAGAUAGCCGCUCAAGAGUACCCUUAAGGUCAUUCAUCUUUGGCUCCAAACAGAAGAGAGCAAAGCCGUCCAUAUUCUCCUGCAUGCAUCCCUCACUAUAUAGAAAGAUGAAGACUUCUACAUAGAUUCAUGGAGGAUUUGAUUCAUUCGUGUCUUUUUUACCUGUAUUUCCCUGGGGAGGUUGACCUGUUUUUAUCCCCCAUUCCCUCUCUUCUUUUUUUCGGUUUGCGAGAUUGAAACAAUAGCUUUUGUGUGUUGGUUAUAUCCUUUUUGAGUAUUGUAGAUUGUUCACAGUUUGUAACUGGUGAAGCAAGAGGAAUGUCUUCAGGCUUUUUACAUUUUCUUUGUUUUCAUCAAAAUUUGUAUGUUCAGAACCAUUACAGGAAACAGAGUUUGUGAUUUUAUGUAUUUU